AUGUUCCCUUUUCAGAAUGCAUCAGUACGUAUUACUGAAACCUCGAGUGUGGUGAAUCCUCGGCGGAACAGUGUAUUCGUUAAACGAGGAUCUGUCAGCAUGGAACCCAUCAAAAAAGUCUCUCUUGAGGACGUUUAUCAUGUUAUUGAUUCUAGCGUUCGGAUAGAGCCACAUGUCUUGACUUGUUCAUUACAGCUAGGAACGGGACGAUUCGGGUACAUAAAGCUCGCCGAGCAUAAGCAGUCAAAGCAGAAAAUUGCUAUAAAGUUUUUUCCGCGGCCUCAAAUAAAGCAGGUAGAUUUCGUUCGAGAGUACAAUUACUCUUUUUUCCUGUCUCCUCAUCCACAAAUAAUCGAUACUUAUGAAGGAAUGUAUCAGGUGAGCACGUUAACAGCAACGUAG